GAGCCCAGCACGCAGCCUUGCCUGGCUGUUCCCGCAGCCGCGUCUUACUAGGCAGGUGUCUUCUGUCCCCACUGCUCUUGGCCUGCGGAGUGUGGUCAGCCCCAGCUCCUCGAAUGGAAGCAUCAUCCUGAGAUAAGAGCUGACUUUCCAGGACCUGCACUGAACAACGAUGAGUAUUUCUUCUAGCAUACUGUAACUAGAGUGUCCAGGUCAGUGCAGACUUGAUCAUGGGAGCCAACACUUCAAGCAAAGCACCAGUGUUUGAUGAAAAUGAGGACGUCAGCUUCGAUCACUUUGAAAUUCUGCGGGCCAUCGGGAAGGGCAGCUUUGGCAAGGUCUGCAUCGUGCAGAAGAAUGAUACCAAGAAGAUGUAUGCCAUGAAAUACAUGAAUAAGCAGAAGUGUGUGGAGCGCAAUGAAGUGAGGAAUGUCUUCAAGGAACUCCAGAUCAUGCAGGGCCUGGAGCACCCUUUCCUGGUGAAUCUGUGGUAUUCCUUCCAAGAUGAAGAGGACAUGUUCAUGGUGGUGGAUCUGCUCCUUGGUGGGGACCUGCGUUAUCACCUGCAGCAGAAUGUCCACUUUCAGGAAGACACGGUGAAGCUCUUCAUCUGUGAGCUGGCCAUGGCCCUGGACUACCUGCAGAGCCAGCGCAUCAUCCACAGGGAUAUGAAACCUGACAAUAUUUUACUGGAUGAACAUGGGCAUGUGCACAUCACAGACUUCAACAUUGCUGCUCUGCUGCCCAAGGAGACUCGGAUCACCACCGUAGCUGGCACCAAGCCUUACAUGGCACCUGAGAUGUUCAGCUCCAGGAAAGAAACAGGCUACUCCUUUGCUGUCGACUGGUGGUCCCUGGGGGUGACAGCUUACGAGCUGCUAAGAGGCCGGAGACCGUACCAUAUCCGCUCCAGUACUUCCAGCAAGGAAAUUGUGAACAUGUUUGAGACGGCAAUUGUAACUUACCCUUCUGCUUGGUCACAAGAGAUGGUAUCCCUUCUGAAAAAGCUACUUGAACCUAAUCCAGACCAACGAUUUUCCCACUUGACUGACAUUCAGAGUUUCCCUUACAUGAGUGACAUGAACUGGGACGCAGUGCUGCAGAAGAGGCUCAUUCCCGGCUUCGUUCCAACUAAAGGCAGGCUCAAUUGUGACCCUACUUUUGAACUGGAAGAAAUGAUUUUGGAAUCCAAACCUCUUCAUAAGAAAAAGAAGCGCCUGGCCAAAAAGGAGAAAGAGAUGAGGAAAUGCGACUCCUCUCAGACCUGUCUUCUUCAAGAGCACCUUGAUGCCGUUCAGAAGGAAUUUAUCAUUUUCAACCGAGAAAAAGUAAAAAGAGACUUUAAUCAACGACAAGCAAAUCUAGCCUUGGAACAAGCCAAAAACAACCCAGAAGAAGAAGAUGGCCAGAAUAACAAUCUGUGAAGCUUCAUUAUUUUUGGGGGACAGUUCUUGGCACCUGGCCAGAAGCUUCUGAUUAUUGCAUCCAGAAGAGCUAACGGCAGUCCUUACCUCUCCACACCUCAUGACUUAGAGAAUGUGAAUGAUUAUCCUUCCAAGGUGGCAACACUCUACAGCGACGGGAGCCCUAGUUCUGAGCUCCUCAGAUCUGACUGCACCACAUUGAGUCUGUCAUUGAACAGUCAUUGAACUUCCUCCUCUGUUUUAGGUCACCGCUUGGAAGGUAGAGAGUUCUAUCAGCCUUUAGUCUGUUAAUGCCACAGUUAUUCUAAGCGGCCUUUAUUUUCAUUUUCAAAUGAAUAUUUCAGUGUAGAUUUAUUUUUUCAUUCUUUUUGAUGACAUUGUGAAAAUGGACACAUUUUGCAGUGAGCCUCUUCAGGGUUAGAGAAUAUCACACAGAGGCCAGAAUUCCAAGGCCAGGUUAGACAGGAAUAGAAUAUUCCAUCAAUAAUAAAUAUGGAGGUCAGAUUAGGAGUAGAGACUCUUAGGACCUUGCAGGGGGGACCUAAUGUUGACACGGCAUCUGUUAGCAAGGACCUACUGUGCACGUGGCCUCUCAACUUCUCUUCAGGGAUAUGGCCUUGCUCAUCUGAACUUGGUACUGAUGGAAGGAGUACCAAGCAGAAGUUUAAUAAGCACUAAGCAGAAGUUUAGUGAAUGCUGCAAGCUGUGGUAUUUUCAGCAUGGCAGUUGUACAAUGUUUGACUCUAUUUGCUAAUCUCUGGUAAGCCUGUCCCUUGAGGGCCUAUUUUUCUCAUGAUUAGCAGAGACCUGCUUCUGGAGAGGGUGAGAGAGUGCUGCCCCAAUGAGGGCAGGUUUGCUUCUAACAGUUCAGUGGCGUCAUACCUCAUAGGAGAGUCACCUUGCAUGUUAAAAUUGGAAGCUAGUGAAACCUCCCCUUGAUAAACUCCUAACUCCACAUGGCGCAAGGGAAAGAAAAAUUAGCCAGUCCGUUGCUUUUCUGUCAUGAAACAUGUUACUUUGUUUUGUUUUGUUUUGUUUUGUUUUGUCUGGUCCCUUAUUUUUCAUAUUGGCCAGAUAAAUAUGGAACAAUUCACACAUGGCCACAGAAUAGAAUUACAUUUAAAGCAACAGGAUGCUUACAGAUCCCAGAAGUCAAGUUCAGGGAGACUAAUGUCCCCACAUUAUACUCACUGUGAGAUGGCCAGCAGGAGUUGCCUAGCUACUUAAAACAUUACUGAUGUCUCACUCUUUCCCGUCUUCAUAUUUCAAUUGUGUGCAAAGUGUAAUUCAUGUAAAUGUGUGUGUCACGUAACUACACUGUACUGAUGCAAAUGAAAUCUUGGAAGGAUCUCUUUGGAUGUCCCAUUGGUGCCACUGGGUAGAAUCAAAAAGGAUGUGGGCUUUAGAAAGCAUUGCUUUUAACUCCUGAAAACCGAGGCCAUCUAGUGGUCAUCAUGAUGAUAGCAAGCUGGCUCAAAGGACCUGAGGUCUUGGGGAAGACAGACAGAUGGAAAUAGAUGCUAGACACUGCAGCAACAAUUAAGUUUGUGCAGAGAAGCAGGAGCUGAACCCAAGACCAGCAUUUAUGGUUCUCCAGAAUUUUCGACAUGGCUGUUACAGUGCCUAUAUACUAAGAGCAACCAUUUUUUUUUUUUUAAGAAUCAAAACCUACUCCUUUUAUCCAACUCUUCUCUCUGAAGUUCUCACGUGUUAUUUGUGGUAGUCUGGUCACGUUUAGUCACUGUUUAAUUCAAAGCACUUGCCCUGACUUUCAGGGUGUUGAAUGGGUCAGAUAUAGCGACAGUGAGGUGACUGGACUCUGUUCCAGACUGUCACCUCAGCCAGGGUCAGGGACCACACACACACCCCAGCUUCAGCCUUUUAUCUGUCUGUAUUGAGGACCUGAUGUGCGAUGGAUUCCCUUCCUUCACAUGGAUCCUUCUUCUGGAUCUUGUUGGCAUCCUCCAAAACAGCAGCUUUCAGAAAUGGUUCCCAAAGGCCAGCAAGGCCAGCAGGUGUGCUCCGGGGUGAUGUGGACUGUUUAGCAUCUUUAAACACUAAGGUGGGGAUAGGAACCCAUGGGAUCUUGGAAGUUCCAAUUCCUAGUUUUUAUUCCCGUUGAGCAUCUUUCUGAGUCCUGCUGGCUUUUAGAACUGGGAUGUGCUAGUUCUGGUGCAAUCUGAGUUUGGGUUGAUUUCUAGUGCCAGUCAGAUAAGUGGCACGCAAUGUGUUUCAAGUUAAAGAAGAAACGCAACAUUGGCCUAGGUCUGUACCUCCGCAGCAGAAUGUGUGCUGAGCAUGCACGAAGGCCUGGGUUAGGACCACAGCACCAGGAGAAACAGAAUCACUGCAUCUGGCUGUAAAGAAUAACAUCCUGAGCACGGUCCACUCCUGAGCGUUGUAAAGAAGAGAUUUAAAAACAAAACCCAACGUUCCCUAAUGCUCCUGGUGAUUGCUUCUUGGUUUUGUUCCCUAAUUUGAGAUAAAUGUUAGCACCUCCCAGAUGAAACAACCCUCAAUUGUACUUCUGAGAAGAAUUAGGACUGAGAAUAUCAGAAACAGUGUGACUAUCCCAUCGCUUUUUCUGCUACUCGAAGAAUCGCUCCUAGGAAUUUCCUCCCGUACCGCACAGAGCCCCUGAAAGGCCUGAGCAGGGUCUGAAAGCCAGAGUGUCCUGCCUGUGACCCCACUCUCUGCACUGCAGUGAACUGCCAUCUCCAGAAUUCCCAGUGACCCAGAGUGGAGGGGUGGGGCAGCCUUACCUGUGGAGCAACCCUAGCCAUGAUCCUCACUCCCUGGAUGGAUGGAAGGAACCGGCUAAGGGCCAGUGACCCCACAGCAGCCCUGGUGUUGGCUGGGAUGAUCUUUAGGACAGGAAUGAAUCUCAAACAGCACAGAGUAUUGCUAAAUUAAUCACAGUAAUCUAAUUAAUUAGUGGGGAUCCAGAAAUGACUAGAUUUCCUAUCACUAUGGCUUUCCUAGUGGACAUGUGGAAGAGGAACAAGGAAAAGGGGGUGCAGAUGCAGUUAUUGAGACCUGUGUUGCUUUCCGAGGUUGCCAAGGAUGCUGAGUUUCCCUGCUUCAGUUGCUCAGUGAACAGGCUUAACAAGCACUUUGCUGAGCUCCUCCGUGUCCCUGUGUUCCGUCCACACAAUAUCUGCCUCCUCCUCUUGUCCACCUGUGACUGCUCUUCACUGUGAGUUGUGCGUCUGCCCAAUGUUAGACACCGAGACUCCGACUUUUAUUUUUCUGUGCUGUUCUGAACUGGUGGCUGAUUUAAAAGCCCCCAACUUAAAAAAACAAAGUAUGCUUCUGU